AUGGAAUCUAUUCUCAAGUGACAAAUAGCAGAUUGAGAUCUUGAAGCUCAGUACUCUCAUCAGAAAAUAGAAAUCAGAAUUUGAGAAAAGCAUUAUCAGCAAGAUCAGCAAGAAUACUGGAUUAAAAUUACUAAUAUUCAAGAGAUCCAGCAAGCCCUUGAAGUUCUCCAAACUUGUAUCAAGAAUUUCUCUGUUUCUACUGAAUCAGAAGAGUAUAAUUCUAUUUCUUUGGUAAAGCAACUUCGAGACCAGGCAAUACAAAUGCAGGAAAAAAUUGGCAAAGCAAAGGAAAACAAUGAUGUCCACAAGUUACAAGAAAUUAAAGAUGAGGCUGCCAACCUCGCUACCCAACUUCGGAGCAAUGAAGACUUCAAACAAUUCUGUGUCCAGAGCUACAUGACCUUGAUGUGAGAUUAUCUGAAAAUCAGCAAGAACAAAAUAGACAGACUCAUAAACACAAAGAUAGAUGUGGCCUCACUUCAAGAGCAAUUGGAGCAGAAAGAAAAAGACUUUACAACUCUCAAGAAAAGGUUUGAAGAGUGAAGGAAGAGAAUCAUAAAUACAGUUGGGACUGCAACUCAAGACAAAUAUGAACAAUGAUACAAGAUAAUUACUGGCAAGGAAGUUGAGAUAAGCAUAUCCAACAAUCAUAUCUUAAGUUGAGGAUCUGAAUGAGAUGUUGAGUUUAUGGAAUCAAUGGGAGACCAUAUUAUCCCAAAUUAUAAAAGCUUGAGAAUUGAUAAAAUAAGUUGCCAAAUAUCCCUCGCAAAGAAGUUUAUAAUCUCAUCUUUUCCUGAAAGAGUUGAUAAAUUCCAUUUUAAUGUUAAAGGAAAGCUUAUUGAUUGAGAGCAAAUUUCUGAUUUGAUUAUUCACACAAGCUUUACUGGAUUAAGCGAACUAUGUUUAUAUUCCUUGAAAAUAAAUCAACCUCAAUUGCAAAUGCUUUUACAAGUUAUCUGCAAAAAUCAAACAUUCCUGGGUUUGGGAUAUAGUAAACUUUCGCUAGACUCCGUUCCUGCUUUACAACAUUGCUUGAGUGGAUCGAAAUUGAAGAUAUUAGAAUUAUUUUACUGAGGUGGUUCUGAAUGUAAUGAUUGGGGAAAAUAUCCUGAAAGAUUCUCCAAUCUGAUCAGAGCUCUUUCUCAAAGUGUAGAUUUCAAGAAAAACUUUCAACAAAUUCGUUUAGAGAAAUGAGGAAUGACCAAGCAACAUGUUAGAGAAACACUUGACAAAUUCGGAUUCCAAUCUAUAGAUAUUCUAUCCCACUCAGUAUAAACCUCUUAAUUGUGUUAAUUUUCAUUCUUUCGAUAUCCUCU